AUGUCAGAACAUGUCUUGCUUAUUCAUGGUGACUUACUCACCAAGGAACGGCCCCGACACACACACCAAAAAAACCGAUUCCAGUACAUCAUCUUCCUGCCAGGGUUGUUUCACUACAAAAUGGCAUGCGCCGAUGCAAUAUGGAGGACAUACCUUCAAGCUAAAGAAGGCCGAGAUGACCCGAACAGCAUGUUCCAACAUGUAGGCAUCUUGCGACCACAAGAAACAGGGCGCAUAUCCAUGAAACCUGGUUUUAGACGCAUGCAUGACGUCAUACACUAUGACCUGCAUGCUUCAAUUCUCGAGUGCUGGCACCUUGAAGCACAGUCGAGAGAGCCAGUUGAAUGGCAAACAUUAGAGAAGUUCGGAAAGUCGGACUUGGAGUGGGAUCAGCUCAUGGAGAUGUCUGAAGCAAUUGUCAACAAGUAUGUCGCAACAACAGACAAGCUUGGUGACCUACGCGCCAGACCAGUUAGUGAACGGGACAAACAAUUUGAAAACCAAUUCGAGGCAUCUUUCCUGCCGUGGAUCUAUAUAUUUUGUGCGACUGGCAAGCAUAAGUAUGCGGCGCAAAUCAACAAGUUUUCAAUGAACUUACGAAGUGUAUAUCCCCAAGACCUGUGUCGCAUAAUACGUCUCAACUUACUUUGCAAUCCUACAGGAAAACCCAAUGCAUUUCGAGCUGUGGAUUGGUUAGUAGAGCAAAACAAUCUCUGCACAAAGGUCAUCUUUGCAGGUACAGGUCCAAACUGCACAAUUGACCACAUCAUCAAACAGUCACCAUUGAUUGAGGUGUUCCGCAACUGCCACGUCAUCAUGGAGAACGCGGUUUACCUGAAAAAUCGAACCAUCCGGCACACACACCCAGACAUGGCAGCCACCAUUGAGAAACUUCGAUCGCAUAUCCAGUCAACAUCGUCGUAUAUGAUAUCACAAAACAGGAGUGCAAAGCGAAUUAUAGAAGACCAGAUUGCGGUUGGGAUGAAGCUGAUACAACAGAAAAAAGUACAUACUUUGGACAGAGACGGUUUGAUGCUAGAACACAGUUCAGUAGAUGCAUGA